CGACACUAUAGUGACUAUACUCCACAUCAAGUACAGACAGGCGCCAUGUCUGGCAAGGACAGAGAACCCGUCUUCCCGACCCGCAUGUCUCUGGCGCUCAUGCAAACAAAGCUCAAGGGCGCCAAGUCGGGACACUCCCUCCUCAAGCGCAAAGCAGAAGCCCUCACCAAGCGCUUCCGCGAAAUCACACGCCGCAUCGAUGAGGCAAAGCGCAAGAUGGGGAGGGUCAUGCAGAUUGCUGCAUUUAGUCUUGCAGAAGUAGCGUAUACCGCUGGCUCAGAUAUCGGCUUUCAAGUCGCAGAGAGCGUCAAUAAGGCACGCUUUAAAGUACGCGCAAAGCAAGAAAAUGUCUCUGGUGUAUUGCUGCCUACAUUUGAGACCUUUGAAGAAGGAGAGAAUGAGUUUACGCUAACGGGACUCGGUCGCGGUGGACAACAAGUGCAAAAAGCGCGCGAAGUCUAUACAAAAGCAGUCGAAACGCUCGUCGAGCUGGCCAGUCUCCAGACUGCCUUUGUCAUUCUGGAUGAAGUCAUCAAAGUCACCAAUAGGCGUGUCAAUGCCAUUGAGCAUGUCAUCAUCCCCAAGGCGGAAAAUACAAUCAAGUAUAUCCAGCAGGAACUCGAAGAACUCGACCGUGAAGACUUUGUGCGGCUCAAAAAGGUUCAGGGAAAGAAGCAGGCACUCAAGGAGGAAGAGGAAGCCAGAGAAGCGGCAGAGGAAAAGCGAAAAGGCGCCAAAGCAAGCGAUACGUACGAGGUGAAUGAUGUCCUGGCAGAGGCACAGCAAGAGGACGACGUGAUUUUCUAGAGUAAUGAUCUUAUGCGUGCUCGAGCUGCCGGAGCUCUUGCGUCUCUGGUUGCUUGACUGGUGCAGUCGGCACAGAUGGCAGGUCCAUUGGCUCAUCAAUCGUGACUUGCUUCAUACUGGCGCUUGCCUCUGCAAGCAUCUGUUCAUACGCAUCCUCCACUUCUGUAUCGUCUUGACCAAUAGUCAUUGCUUGCUGCACUUCAUCCACCUGUGCCAUAGAAUCUGAAACUUGGUCCAUAAUGGCAUCGACACGCUCCAUGCCGCCCAUAGACUUGAG